AUGAACGUUGAAUAAAUUUUACAAGGGCUCAAUCCAAAUACUACAAAUAUUAAUUUAGAGUUUAGGUAUGAAAUAUAAUCUAUCCUAAGAUAACUAGAUAGCAUAAAUAAUUUAGUUGAGAAUUUUGCUCGAUUUUAGAGAUUAAAAUAUGUAAUAGAUUUAUACUACUUUAAGAUUAAUCUUCAAGGUAAUCAACUUACUCAAUUGAGCAAUAACUUAGCAAUUCUAUUCAUAGAAGAAUUGGAUAUAUCAUAAAAUCCCCUAGAUUUUGAUAUUGUUAUAAAGCAAUUAUAAUAGUUAUCCAAAUUAACGAAAUUGCAUAUGACAAUAAAACCUGAAGAAGUCUAAAUAAUAUAAGAAAAUUUGCCAUAAUUAAGAUUUCUUAACAAUCGUGAAAUAAACCCUGUAGUUUUUAAGCAAAAAGAUUUAGAAUAAUAUGCCAUACAAUUUGAGAAAUUGAUAGAGAUAUCAAAAGAUGAUAGAUUGAGAAAUCUAUUUGAUGAACAUGUUAAAAAUGUGAUGAAAGAUCUCUCAUUAAGAUUAUCUAAGGAUUUGCCUAUAUUUAAAGCAAAAACUCACUUAUUAAGAGCUAAAUAUGCUCUAUAAGAACUGAAUUUUAAUAUGAUAAUUGAAUAUACUUAAAAUUUGGAUUAGAAAAUGAGUGCUAUCUUAUAAAUGGUUCAUGAUGAUCAUGCAAAUAUUUUUAAAGAAUUAACAAACAUCAUAUUGAGUUAAGAUUCCAUAAAUCCAGUGAGUUAAUAUAUAGAAAAAUUGGAGAAACAAGAAUUGUUAAUAAAGUAAUUGGAAUCAGAUUUACAAGAAUAAUAAUAAACAAUUUAAAUGUGUCAAGAAGAGAAUCAAAAAUAUUUAGACCUUAUAAUUAGACAUGGAAAAACUAAUUAUGAUUCAAAAUAACCCUAACAGAAUUAUUAAUAAUAGUAACAAGCAUUAAAACCAAAUAAUAAGAAAAUUGAUACUUCAGUUAUAAAAGAGAAAUCAUUACAAAAUAGUUAAUUAAAUGAAGGAUCCUAAUUGUCCACUGCUAAAUUAAUACCAUUAAAACUCUUGAAAGAAUAGAUAUAAGAAAUUUAUGAUUCUAAAACUAAAUAUGAUUUAAAAUGUUAAGAGACAAAAUAAGCAAGAGAAACUAUGGAAUAAUAUAUGUACACAUAUUUAAAUUAAAAAUAUGGAUUAAAAGUAAUAUUAAAUUAAAUUUAAAUAGAACAUUAUAAUUGAAUAGGCUAGUACUAUUAUUCAAAGUGUUAAACGAUUAAGUUAAGAAGAUAAUGAUAUAUGUGUUUUUGGUAAAAUUUUGAGAAAUGAAUGUGAUGAAGAAUUUAGAUUUGUUUAAAUUUAAGUUAAGUAAACUAUUUCAGAACUAUUACGGAUGUUUUUGAGAUAAAAAAAUCCUUUAAAAAAUAUGACAGAUAUCAAAGAAAUGUGGAAUUAAAAGAUGCAAAAUUAUUUAAGUUUAGAUGAAUGUUAAGAGAUUGUAAAUUAUAUGUACAAUCAAGAAGAUAGUUAAGUCUUAUUAUAAAAAUUGAGUCAAAUUAAAUUAUAAGGUAAUAAAUUAGAAUAUUGUUAAUUUGUUAUGUAAAUUUUAGAUUUCUAACUAUUUACUCAUGAGAAAUAUUUAUAAAAGUUUCUUAAAUUAUUCAGAUAAGUGGAUAUAGAGAAAAAAGGAUAUUUAUCUGAUGUAAAUUAAAUAUUAUCUUAUAGGUUUAAUUUAGAUAAUUAAUGAAUACUACAAAUCUCAAUUUAUGUGAGGAAGAAAUAAAUAAAUUUAUGUGUAUACUGGAUCCAUUUAAUAAUUAACAAAUGACCUUUUCUUCUAUUGUUUCAUUGCUUUCCAGUGUUGGAAGAAAUCAAGUUACUUUAUUAUAAAAAAUUUAAUGA